UGUAUAAAAGCCUAGUUGGCCAGUGUUCAAAUCAGUUCAAUUCCGUUUUCGUUAUUUGGAGCAACUAAAUCAACAACUAAAUUAAGCCCUACAACAAUGGCAUUCAAAUUCAUCGCCUUCUUCGCUCUCUGCAUCGCUGCCGCCAACGCUGGUGUUAUCGCUCCUGCUGCUCCGUUUGCCGCGGUUGCCCCAGCACCAUUGGCUGUCGCUGCCCGUAUUGAGGAGUACGACCCCCAUCCCCAAUACACAUACGGUUAUGACGUGAAAGAUGCCCUAUCUGGUGACUCCAAGACCGCUGUGGAAACUCGGGACGGUGACAUCGUUCAGGGUCAAUACUCGCUAAAUGAUGCUGAUGGCUACCGUCGCAUUGUGGACUACACCUCUGAUUCAAUCAAUGGUUUCAACGCUGUUGUGCGCCGUGAACCUUUGGUAGCGCCUGCUCCAGUCAUUGCUCCCUUCGUGAGAGCCGCUGCCCUCGCUGCUCCUGCCCCACUCGUUGCCGGACCAGCGGUACUAAGAACUGAAUUCGCAUCCCCGCUCAUCUCUUAUGCUUAUUAGAGACUUUAAAUUGAAUGACCGUGUGCCGUUAGUUGUUAAUCAUGAAUAAAUCCGAACUUUGAAUGCAUA